GUGUUGUGGUAAACAAAAUCCGAGAUCCGUGUACAUGCGUAGACGUGGUAAUGGAGGAUAGUGAUCUAUUCACUGGGGGCUUAGUUAGCAAGCUCUCUUCUUUCUCGUAUGCCACGAACUGCUCUAUCUAGUGAUUACGAGAUAUUUGCAACGCAAAGGAAUAACGUAUCAAUCAACUGAGAGGAGGUGGAGCUGCCAUUGAGUUUUGGGAUGGCGUCAGAGGUGAUUUCCCAAAACCAUGGCUCCAAGGGGAUCAUGACUUUUUACCCCACUCCUGAGGAAUUCAAGAACUUCAGCCGCUACAUUGCAUAUGUGGAGUCCCAAGGAGCACACAAAGCAGGCCUGGCUAAAAUUGUCCCACCAAAGGAAUGGAAACCCAGAAGCUCUUAUGACGAUAUAGACGAUUUGGUGAUCCCUGCGCCCAUUCAGCAGGUGGUGACGGGCCAGUCGGGCCUUUUCACACAAUACAACAUUCAGAAGAAGUCCAUCACCGUGAGAGAGUUUCGCAAGAUUGCCAACAGUGACAAGUUCUGUAGUCCACAUUAUGAUGACUUUGAGGAGCUGGAAAGGAAGUACUGGAAGAACGUGACCUUUAACCCUCCCAUAUACGGGGCUGAUGUUAAUGGAUCUCUAUAUGACCCUGACGUCAAAGAAUGGAACAUUUCCCAUCUUGACACUAUUUUGGAUACUGUGGAAUGUGAAAGCGGCAUCACUAUUGAGGGUGUGAAUACACCCUACUUGUAUUUUGGCAUGUGGAAGACCACCUUUGCAUGGCACACUGAGGACAUGGACCUUUACAGUAUCAACUACUUGCACUUUGGAGAACCCAAAUCAUGGUACUGUGUUCCUCCAGAGCAUGGGAAGAGAUUGGAGCGGUUGGCUAAAGGGUUCUUUCCCGGUAGUUCCCAAAAUUGUGAGGCUUUUUUAAGGCACAAGAUGACUCUCAUCUCUCCCUCGAUACUAAAGAAGUAUGGCAUUCCGUUUGAAAAGAUCACUCAGGAGGCUGGUGAGUUCAUGGUAACGUUCCCCUAUGCCUAUCAUGCUGGUUUCAACCACGGUUUCAACUGUGCAGAAUCCACCAACUUCGCCACAGAGAGAUGGAUUGAGUACGGCAAGCAAGCUGUUUUGUGCUCAUGCCGUAGAGACAUGGUGAAGAUUUCUAUGGAUGUAUUUGUGAAGAAAUUCCAGCCAGAUCGCUAUGAACAGUGGCUGGCAGGGCGGGAUGUGUUACCCAUUGACCACACACGGCCCACCCCAGAGGCCAAGGAGUUCCUGGGGGAGUCCUUUAAUGACAUCAGUACCAGUAACUGCACUGAGAGCUGUGGGGAUGAUGGGGAGCGAAAGAGCGCUACACAGAGGAUAGAGACCAAGAGACACAGAGUCUGUCUGGAGGUGCCUGAGGAGGUUGUUCCCAAGGAUGAAGAUGAGGACGAUGUGGAGCAGUAUGGGAAGCGUCCCAGGCUAAGCCUUAUACCUCCACGUAUUAUGUCACAAGAUGGCAAGAGAAAUAAAGGCCCACCAAAGUUGGUUGUCACACCAACCAAGCUCACUUUAUUGGAUCCAUUUCACAGGAGCCUGACCCAAAGUAACAGUGAUGUAGGCCGCCCCCCACAUUACACUAAGACUCGAGCACCUGCGAUCUCAUCUCAGUCCCAGCCCAGAAAUGGAUAUUUGUCAGUUUCAGCAGCACCUUCGUGGACAGAAACCAGCACUCAACCUGCCCGCAAAAUGGGGGUAGCCAGCCUGCUCUUCCAUAGAACUCUGAGUCCAAAAGACACUCUUCAGGUGCACAGCUACGCUAUAGAAAAGCAGCGGCAGACUCGCACGCAGCUGCAGGUUCACAGCUAUGCUAGAGAGCAUCAACCCCGUCAUCUCCAGCACAAAGCCUGUACAUUAUCACACACGCAGGUUCAGUCCUCGCCACAGCCAGAAUCCAAGAUUAUUCUCACCAGCGCAGCACUGAAUCAAUCGGAAGCAGAGAGUCUUGUAGAGCUGGUCCAAAAGGAGGACAAACCUGAAAUACCGAUGCCUGCUGAGGCUCAAGCUGAAGUGAAGAAGCCUGAAGUUGAGCCCACCUGCAAAUCUGCUGCCACUUGGACACAAAUGCAUCCCACAGAGAUGAGCAAAACAGUGAUGGAGGCCUCCAAGAACAACAAGCGAAAGAGUAACCAAUCCCCCCUUGUGGAUAGUGGCGUUGUCAUCCUGAAUGACACCAUUCCUGUCAACAAACCAAUCUGUGAUGAGGUGAAGGUGAUCCCUCAGAUUCAUCACCAGGUGUCAGAAGAGCAGUCGUACUGCAAGUCAGUUGUGAAGAAGCAACAGCAGCAGGCCCAGCUCUGCAAGCUGCCCCGCCAUCACCCACUAAUCAGGGAGGUGAACAGUGACAAUGAGGAGUUCGUUAACGAGGAGUUUGAGCAAGAGGAGAAGGAGGAGUGGGCAAAGCCGUUAACCCAGCUGUGGCAGUGUCGCCCGUACAACCCCGAGGCAGAGCGAGAGUACAACAAGAGCGCGGGCCAGCAGGCCCCCUACUGCUCCAUCUGCCUACUCUUCUACACUUACCAUCAGUCUGAAUCCAAUAGUGGGAGUUCCAACGUGAUGUUGGUGAACCGUCCAGGGGGCCGCCAGUGGUCCAAGCCGCUCAUCCCCGAAAUGUGUUUCAACACCCAAUCUGGCAAGACCAAUGAUAACGGGGAGGGACAGCUGUUUAACCCUCAUGUAGCAGAGGACGGGACCAGCCGGCUGGUCAGCUGUGCUCAGUGCUGCGUCCGCGUACACACAAGUUGCUAUGGUGUGUCUGGGGACGACGCAGAACUAGACGACUGGCUGUGCGCCCGUUGUGAGGCUGAUGCCACCACAGAGGACUGCUGUCUGUGUUCCUUGAGAGGCGGCGCUCUGCAGAGAGCCAACGAUGACAAGUGGGUCCAUGUGCUGUGUGCCAUCACUGUGCUGGAAGCUCGCUUUGUCAACAUCACUGAGCGAGGCCCCAUUGACCUCUCUGCAAUCCCACUGCCACGGUUCAAACUGAAGUGUUCGUACUGUAGGAAACGGAUGAAGAGGGAGGUGAAUGGCUGCUGUGUCCAGUGCUCCCACGGGCGCUGCUCGACGGCGUUUCACCCCACCUGCGCUCAGGCAGCUGGAAUGAUCAUGCACCCGGAUGACUGGCCGUUCAUAGUGUUCAUCACCUGCCACAGACACAAAGCGCCCAGCAUACCAGAGCGCAACAAGGCUUCCAUGCGUGAGCUGGCAGUCAGGCAGAGGGUGAUCUGUAAACACAAAAACGGCCGUUACUACCACAGCGAGGUGGUGGAACUGACCACAGCCACCUUCUACGAGGUGGUGUUCGACGACGGCUCCUACAGUGACAACCUCUUCCCAGAGGACAUCGAGAACCGUGACUGCGUCCGGCUCGGUCCACCUGCCGAAGGAGAUGCUGUUCAAGUGCGAUGGACAGAUGGGUUGAUAUAUGGAGCCAAAUUCAUGGCCGCGCACUCCAUCCCUAUGUACCUGGUGGAGUUUGAGGAUGGAUCACAAACCACUGUCAAGCGAGAAGACAUCUACACUCUGGAUGAGAAUCUUCCCAAACGAGUCAAGUCACGACUGUCGGUGGCGUCAGACAUGCGCUUUGAGCUCUUCUCACAGGGCGACGUCAAACAGAACUCCAAAAGGCAAAGGGUCAUCAACUCUCGAUACAGAGAGGACUACAUCGAGCCCGUCAUUUACCGAGCCAUCAUGGAGUGACAUCCAUAUCCGUUUCCCUCUCUCUCGCCUCCUCGGCCUUAUCGACUCACCGCAGAGAGAAGCAGCUCCAGAUCUUUGUUUCUUCGUCUGGCCUCUCUGUUUCUGGCUACUGCUGAUAGGAAUGAUCCUCCUCCUCCUCCUCUGCUUCCACUGCCUGUCAGGCUACAUAUUUAUAAACUACGGCUGGGACUUUAAAUUACUUCUGUGUGCAUUAAAUAAUAUUCUUUCACUUGUUUCCCAUCACGCUCUGUAGAUUAUUUUUUCUUCCUCCAUUUCAUUUAGUUUUUUUCUUUUCUUAUCUGGAAGCCAUCAAUUAUUAAAUUAGUUCAAUUAUUAAAAAUGGAAAAGGUUGGACUAUCUAAUUGGGGAAAGAUAUUUUUUUCUCGACCACCACAUUUAGCAGCUGUAAAGGAAACUUUACACGUUCUGCAAUCGGCAGUUAAUCUAAUUUUGUGACAUUUUUUUCUAUAAAUGACCGUUUGCUCUUGACUUACCGGCUUAUGUUAUUUUCAUAAUAAUUCAUCAUAUUUUGCAGUGAUGAGAAGUUAUGCUUGUGAAGGUUUUAAAUGAAGCAUCAUUUUUGUUCAAUGUUUUCACUCGUGAAUUUUAACAAAGGCUAAACUAUGAGCCAAUCAGCUGUUGAUCACAAAAACUAUUUCAUUCAUCUAGAGUUAAGUUAAGUUGUUACCCCAAAGAAACUAAAUAAUAUCUCACGGUCACCUUUUGACACAUCUUUAGGUCGUGCUUAUGAGUCAUGUGAUGCGUUGCAUAGAGGGAUGCGUAUUGCUUCUCAUUGGUGUGUCAACGUGCUUCUACUGUGGAGAUGGAAGGAAAGUCCACAUCUGUCAAAGGCCCACGCCUUACAUUUCAAAGGGCCAAGCAUACUUAUAACUAUUACUAUUACUCAUCACACUUUUAUUUAUGCGAGUGCAUUAAGUUUAAGAACAAAGAUAUUUUUGUCAUGUCCUUUUCACAAUCUGUAGAAAACCUAAGAUGUGUAUAUAUUUAUUAUAUUGAUAGGUUUUCAGACAUCCUGUUUAAAUUGUGAGACUUCCUGAAUUGGGAUUGAAGGCUGUGAUUGCUAAUCUGGUUUAAAUCCCCCUCUAAACAAAAAGCACUUAUUUUCACCUCCUGCCUCAGGAGGUUAACAUUUUGUCGACCCAUGGCCUCCACUAAGAUUACUUUUUUUUUUUUUUUGUGUUUUUGAUAAAAAGCUAGCUCUAUAGCUCUAGAGGUGAACAUUGUAACCAGGUUCUAGUUUGAUCACAAAUAAAUGAAAAGGCGGUAAGUGGGUCAGUAUAAGAAGAUUUCUGAGUAUUUUCUAUCUGCCAUGUGAGGUUGCAGCGUUCUCAGGAAGACGUUAUGUUCAGACACAUUUUAUCUACACUUCAAACUGCCUUAUUGGUUUCCUCACGGGCCCAUGUGCAAGGCCGCAUUAAAUCUGUACACUCUGUCAUCAACUGUUUUGAGUAAAGUUUGGAUUAAGAAAAAAACCCUGCAAUUUACUUUCUACAUGUACCACACAGAAAUGAGCAGAUCUGAGUGCUGAGAUCCAGGCAGUCUUUCUAUUAGAACUCGUACACAGUUUUUCAUUAGGCUGUCGUCUGCCUUUCUUUCCUUGCUUGUGUUUUUGAACUAGUGUUGGAUGUCUCAGCCAGAGGGCUUGCAGCUGUGCCAAAGCUGAGUUGAGUGACUACAUUCCACUAAAGACAGACCAAAUGUUCACGUGUGGCGGACGAGUCAUCGCAAGAAAAAAAGUCUCAGAGCAGGUGUGCACUACCAUCGCCAUCAUUUCAGUUCUUUAGAGAUCUGAUCUCUUAUCACGUGUACUUGUUCCAUUCUUCUUAUCAUGGUUUAAAACGUCUUGAUCAGAAAGGCUUAGAUACGUGCUGCUGAAGUGCUUUCGUAUAGUUUAACAAUGCAAAUGUUCAGAUUUUCAGAUAAGGCCUUUGAUUACAUUUUUGAAUAGUCACCUGUCUACAUUUCCACUUUUCCAACUGUCACUUGGACAAUCUAUUUUUCCUCUAAAUCUCUACUUCAGCCUUUAUUUAGAGUCAGCCCAGAGAAGUAAGUCGGUUCCUUACGCCCUCUUAUGUUAUGCUUGUACGACAUUGAUUAUCUGUUACAGAUGCUUCAGUUAUAGGUUGUUGACAAAUGCAUGAAUGAUGAUAAUUACAACUACAUCAUAAAUAAGGGGGUAACUUUAAAAAUAUAUAUUUUGUGUAUAUAUAGACAUAUACACCCAUAUGUUCAAAAUUGGACAGGAGGUUAGCUAAAUUCAAAAUUGAACAUUUGAGAUGUACUGUAAUCCCCUCCCUCUCCUGCUCUUCAAAGUAAAAGAGGAAUCGUCUUCUCUCCUUACAGUCACAGGAGCUGGUGACAAAGGGGGGACUUUACCCCUGGGCACAGGGUUGACAGCUGAGUUCUUUAGUAAUGUGUGUGCCCUGAGGAAGUAAAUAGUUCUCCAAAAAUCUAUUGAGGGAUUCAGGUUGCUGUCCUGAACUUGAUGACAUUUCAAUUAAAUGCCUCCAGGGAAUUUUUGUACCGACCGAGCUUCAAUUUAAGGAAGUGCCCCGAGAGUGCCAUUUCAGUUUCCUAUGACGUAAACUCCAUUAGUGUAACCUCAAAAUUCUGCUUAAGGUUUGAUAAAUGUGUGUCUGUUUGAUGUUGUCAUUCACUUGUGGGCUGGUAUAGUGAGAAAUGAGAACUAACAUCCUGCCAUCUUCACUUUCAUGCAGUGCUUUUGCCCUCAAUGUUAGUUCCUCCAAAUCACUUGUGACGGGAAAGAAACGCCUCUGUAGAGCAGUGAUUCCCCUGCUUUGGUUUCCAACCUUUGUUGGUUUAAUAGUGGCAUUGGUCAGCAAUGUUGGUUGGUCUAUUGGUCGUCAGUCGAUGGAUUGACAUAACAUUUUAGAAAUACUUUGGUGACCCCCGACUUUUCCUUUAGUGCCACCAUGAGAUUAUUUUUUUGUUAAGAUUGAAAAAUCUUUAGCAACCACUGGAUGGAUUGCCAUUAAAUUUGGUAGAGGUUUACGUCUCAGAUUAAUUGUCAGGGUGAACACCUGAUAAAUCAAACAGUGACACAAUCAGGUCAAACUUUUAAUUUGUCCUUUAUUACCAAAUACUUUUACCCCAUCAGCCUCAGCUGUACUUUGUGUUUAAUGCCAAUUACCAAAUGUUAGCAUGCUAAUGUGCUAAGUUAAGACGGUGAACAGUAUACCCUCUAAACAUCAGCAUGUUGGCAUCGUCAUUGUGAGGGUGUUAGCAUGCUAAAGUUAGCAUUUAGCUCAAAGCUCCACUGUGCCUAAUUACAGCUUCACAUAGCCGCUAGCUUCUUGUUUUUGACUUAUUUGUGACUUUAAAAAUAUGUGUGACAUCAAAAUGAUGGGCUGCAAGGUGGUGGAGUGACUAGCGGCUAGCCUCGCAGCAAGAGUGGCCCUGGUUCGGUUCCUGGGCUGGAAGGCCCCUCUGUGUUUGCAUGUUCUUUCAGGCUUCCUCCCAAAGUCCAAAGACAUGUUGCUUCGGUUAAUAGGUUACUUUAAAUUGCCCGUAGUCUUGCAUGUAUGCAUGAAUGGUUGUCUGUCUUAAUGUGUUAGCCCUGUAAUAGUCUGUCAACAAGACCAGGCUGUACUCUGCCUUCGCCCAAUGUCAAGCUUAUUAUUUUUAUGGUCUUCCAUAGUAUUUAGGAUGAUUUAAUCAAUGUAUGUACUGUAUCUAAGAUGGGAAGGCAGGGUCCAUCACCACACAUGUGGCAGGAAAGCACAAACCUGUUGUUAGAGAGAUGGAUGUGUAUCUCACUCAUGCACACACACAAGAACAAAGACUGUCAGUAAAUUGCCUGCAGCCAGAUUCCCCAUCCACCACGUCAACACAGGGUCAUAACAGCUGUUGACGGACGGGUGAUGGUGCCAGUUCGCGCUUCUUUGUUUGCCUUCAUCUCCUCUGCCAGGUGUGGGGAGGUCAAAGCUACCGUGUAGGCCUACUAAAAUGACAAUAUUAUAAAAGUAACAUCAAGUUAAUAAAUAUGGAAAUGUUAGCAAAAACAUUUCCAUAUGGACCAAAUAGAAAAUCUUCCAUAACUUCUACGAAAAUUAAAGACGUGAAAUACCAUGAUUGCCAAUGAUACAACUGAACACAUACACUUCUUUGGAGGUUGGAGAAAAGGCUCAACCAUCUUUCUGUUAUCAGCAGCUUGAAUUUGAAUUAAAAGGAAGUGCUACUGUGUGGUCAAUGAUUCAACAAAGUGAUAGGGCUAAUAGAGAAGGGUGCAUCUUCAACUGUCCAUUUUCCUGUUGCUUAUUACUAGAUUUGGGCAUUUAGUGUAAAAAUAAAGCCAUACUGCUAUCAACAGAAGUCAUCUCAAAUGUAAGAUAUUUCUUUAACCUUUGCUGUAAUAUAUUUUAGGGUUGGAGAAACACAAUUUAUUCAUUAUUAAUUUCUGCAUAAAGAUUGUUAUUGUUGUCUGACAUGCCCUGAAUAUUCUGUGUUCACCAAAUCUUUGUAUAUAUUUACCUCAUAUUUGCGCUCUCUUUCUUGCUUUCUGAUUCUUCCUCAUCUGCAUCAGGCCUUUUGUUGAUUCCGUGAUUCUCUGUCUUGAUAACAAUGGAUCGAAUGAUGAAUUUGUAGGUAUUCCUUGUAGUGAAAAACCUACAGAGACUUGCAGUUCUCUUCAGCCCUGCAGAUUAUUUUAGCGUCUUUCAGCUCAUUGUUUUGCUUCAAUGUACGGCCUCUGUGCUGUUUUGGUUUACUCUCCCAGCUGUCAUCAAUGUUGAUGUUUGCACCAGGCAAAACCUUCUGUAUGCCGCUAUCUUCCCAGCAUCAAACUGCAGACAACGUUAGCAACUAGAUAAUGACCCCAGUGGAACACCUAGCUCAAGAGGCAGAUAUUUGCCGUAGGAGUUGGUGGAGACCAAAACAGAGCUAAAAGUAGAGGGCAUAUUGGGUUUGCAUUCAUUAAGUGGCCAGAAAUACAACUCUAAAUGAAUGCUAAUGUUUUGUAUCUACUUGAUGUGUAAAAAACGUAGAAACGUAGAAAAAGAAGUGGACGUAGUCGUCCCAUGAUUGUGGACUGCGGUUUUGAAGCAUCGAUUUCGACCUUUUGGCCAUUGCCAUUUUGGAUUAUGGUUGUCGCCAUCUUGGUUUUUUGCAACCAGUGAACGGAAGUAACUUCAAUAUCGUUGAACUUAUUUUUGCAACCAGAGGAGUCGCCCUGUGAUGGCCAGAAGAGAGAAUGCAAGUUUAAGGCACUUCUGCAGUCUUCAAUUUUCAGAACUGAACUGUCUGUAACAUGUUCACCAUUUCAACUUAAAACGUUAUAUUAUGUCACUGUGGGUCAGCUUGUUUUGUGGCCAAAAAUAGUGUUGAAUACAGGCAUUAACAACAUGCAAGCAAAUGGGUAUAGCUUAUUGUUUUUACACCAGUGCUCUAUCUCUGCACGCCUCCAUAUUUAAACUCUCACACAAUCUUUCACUCCCAUCUGUGACCCGGCAGCUGUGGCUCCCUCAAAUCUCUGUUAGUCGGGUACUUUUGUCUGCAAUAACUGUCUGCCUCAGACCAGUCACAUGGUAGUCAAGUGACAGGGCUCAGGUUGCUUUGUGCUAUUGAUGUCUGAUUUUCAGACACUGGUGUUAAUCAAUAAUUUGAAGAGCUUGAUUCCUUCAAACAGCAGUAAAUAUAGUGGUGUCUUUGUCUUUUUCUUGGCAUACACACAGCUUGUGGAGUUCCACUAAGUGUUUAAUCGGCAAAUAACCAAAAGCUUUGACUUGUUCCACACUAAGCAGUAUACAGCAACAUACUGAUUACGCUUAAAAAAUGGUUUAUAAUACAUCUUAAUGUAGAAACACAAAUAAGAACACUGUAUAAUUGUUAUAUUUAGUGUUUCAUUAAUUAAAAUGAAUUAAAAUUGUUUUAUAAAGCAUUCACUAACCGCCAUGUUUAUAACAAAAUGCAUGUUGAGCUUGAAAAAUGUGUCUUUAUAUUUUACAUGAUUAUAACUGUUGCAUAUCUUGUCAAUUAUUCAUUGUCCGUUUUAUGACUCAUUAUCACUUAUGGAUACUUGUUUAUACAAGACUUAAAUAAGCUAAAUAGGGAAGUUAAACUAAAAUGUUGCCACCAACUCAGUUUAGUUGUUAAAAAGCUCUAGUGGUGCAAAGAUGCAACGAACAUUGUGUGUUUUUGCUCAUGUCUUCACACAAGGAUUCAUUGCUUGUAAGACUGAGGCAAUAAUUACAUUUAGCUGGUAAUAUUAAUUGCAUGUGAAGCGGCCUUGUGUUCUUUUGUCCAUUGAUAAGACAAAUGAUUGGUGUAGCUUUUAUCUGUUGGUUUGCAACCAUCAUGAGACCACAGAGUUUGUAUCCGUUCUAAAUAUUUGAGCAGCCUCUCUGUAAAAACACUUCUUCACAUUGUUCAUGAAAGGCCGUGCUGCAUGAGGUUAGAGCAAACAACCGCACGCAUUGUUUCCUCAGGGAGGUACAUUUUUAAUAACUGCCAACAGUCCCACUUUUAUCUUAUUCAUUGUCACAUUGGAAAGUCAAACUACACUGUGUCGUCACAUUAAGACAGUAGUAAAACCAUUAUAGUUUAUCACCUGGAGAGGAUUCUGAUAAUUUCCUGUCUCUUAUCAGGAAAGCUGUUUAUUGCUUUUCUGUCCACACUGUAUGACUCCCAGUCAACUAUAAAAAGUCAUAAAAUAUAACGGAGCACACCCAUAAAUACUGUUAGUUAAAUUAUUCAAAUGGAAUGUAAAAAGAAAUGUAAAGCCCUACUUUUCCUUUAACCUCCACCUGUGUGGCUAUACCUGAUACAUCUAACCUUCCUCUUGUGUUAGGGACGGCACCGACCCGUUUUAGGUUUUAAAUGCAUAAAAGAACCACAUAAAUUUGUUUAUUGCAUCAAGGCUUUUUGACUUUGUCAGGAACCUCUAUUUCAACAAAAUAAAAACAAAACAUUUUUUUUCACUAAAUUAUAAAAUGCUUUGGUUGAAAUUAUGCCCUUUGUGUUUUUAGGGUUGGUUUCGACCCAGUCAUAACAAUAAGAUUAUAAAGCAAUAAUUAGAGCCAAAACUGAAAUCACAAGUGCAUCAUCAGCCAACACACUGACAGCCAGCUCCUCUCCCAAUCAUGAGCUUUAGGGGAUUCUCAUUUUGCCUUGUUAUCCAGUAUACCUGCACAAAACCAAAACAAACAAAGACGGGCAUGU